AAUGAAUACAACAAGGGCAUUGUGGGGAUAAAGAUGAUAUUCAGUGAUCACAAGACAUCGGAUCUGAUACUUAAAUGUGAUACUGCAAAAAAUAGAAGGCUAUGGUUGAAGGAAUUAAAACAGGCACAUAAAGAAAGUCAGCCGUUCUCUGCCGACAGUGGCUAUGGAAGCGGCGGAUCCGUCCCGAGCAGUAACUGGAAAGAAUCAGAACGGGCAUCUACAAUGGAAUCAAAUGACUUGAAUUAUUCUUAUGCUGGACCAGCAUUUGCACAGACAAAAGAGCAUGGUAGGGACAAUAACGUACCUUCCUGUUCGAAUGAGGUCGGUCCGAUGUCAUUAUAUGUAAACACUGGUAAAGACCUUUUGUCAUAUCUCUACUGCUUUAGUAACGUAGUAAGGGAUUACAAAAGAAGUGCAAAGGACGAAGACACAACUGUCACUGAGGAAUGUGACAGAAACACCGAUAUAACAUGCGUGAAAGAAAGUCUCCCUUCUUCAGUUCAAGAAACGAAAUGUACGAUACAUGAGCUUGUCUCUUGA